GGUCUUGUUGUUGUUUAGUUGUUUUCACAUUUAAAGCUCAACUUUUUGUUGCUUUGUUGUGAUUUUAAUUUUCCUUGUGUCACAAUUUAAAUGUUGAUCCUCAAUUGGAAGAUUAAUUGUUGAUUAAAUUGUUACUUGUGUGAGUUUAACUCGGUUCCUUUACUCAUCCAAUCUCUUUCCAAUUGCAUCAUUUUUGUUUUCAUCUUUUCUUUGUUGAAAGUUUUUUUUGUUGAUUAUGAACUCAAAGGAUAAUAAUGUUUCUUGUGAAUUUAUCUGUGAAUGGUUUGAUUUCCUGAGAAUUUGGAUUAAUCAUGAUUCUGAUGAUCAUGAUGAUGAAGAUGAUGCUGGUUGUUGUCAGGGUGUUGUUGAUUUCAGGAUAAAUAAUACCAAAAGUGACCAGGAUAAUGAUGAAGGAGAAACUUGUUGUAAUCUGACCAAUGGUUAUCAACAUGAUGGUGGACAUGAUGAGAGUCCAAGAGUGACCAAUGUUUCCUGUUUUAAUUGUGAUGAUAAUUUCCUCUACUUUGGUACAAAUACCGGGUGGAUUUAUUGUUUCCCUCGUGGGGAAAAACAGGCCAAAGGUCCGCUUUUUGAACGUCACCCAGUUAAAUGUCAAAUCAUCGGCAUCGACUUGCCCGAUGAAAACGUUGUCUCACUUUUACUACCUCAUGGAUUCAUCAUGUUCAAUUUUGUCCGAAAUGAGAUAAUCUAUUCCUGGUCAAUUCCAAGAUCCAGUGAUGAAUCAAAUCCUCUUCCUUCAAUGGUCACUUCUAAGUGUAUCUAUGAUAAUACUCGACAUCGAUAUCAUGUUUUCACCGGUGAUUCUAUUGGUACAAUUAGAUGUCACAAUGUUAUCGAAGAUGAAACAAUGACCAUAUUCAGUGAAGAUAAACAGGAAGAUGACCAUGACCAUACAAUCGUACAAAUUGAUGUUUACAGUCCUGAUCUACUUUUGGUCUCUAGUUGUUUCCGAUCACUUAUCCUUUGGAAAAGUUUAUCCGAUUCUUGGUCAAUCAUUCAGAUUGGUCGAAAUGUUAGAAAAGUUUGUGGUCAGUAUGGGGCAGUUUUCCAUCGAGAGGGUAACACCGUGAUCGCCUCUCGUCCAUCAAUGCACCUGAUUAAGGCCAAUACAACCGAUGGAAGUGUCGUUCAAACAUUUAAACUGAAAAAUGUUGUCCCAUUGAAAACAUUGAAUCUCUUUAAGGAACCGGUCACUCCAGAGGAAAAUCAUUUACCCUACAGAUCAACAAUGACCACAACAACAACGACAACAAACCAAACAACACCUUCAUCAACAACGACAACACCAAACUUAUCACCCGCUCCAUCAACUUUAUCCUUAAAUUGUAACAAUUUAUUCAACUUUGGUCAUCUGAUGCCGAUACAGAUUAACGAUGAGGAUUACAUUUGCUCAUGGAAUUCACAUUCAUUGUUGAUCAUCAAAAUGGACGGCACUUUGCUGGUCAAGGAAUAUUCAUCGGUCAAGAUAAUCGAUGCCAAUGUUUCCCGAACUCCAGGUUAUCGGGAUGUUAUUAUUUUACGUGAAGAUUGGACUUUGUUUCGAAUCCGUUUUCUGAUCAAAAAAGAGUUCGUCAAAUCAAAGGCCACUGAUUAUGGUUUAGGUGAAGUUCUGAAAGGUACACUUGGUAUUCAGAAUUUAACUAAUCUUCCAACUCAAGCUCUUAAUUCACUUGAAGGGGAAAUUAAAAAGAUUUACUCGCUAAUGUCCGAUAAGAUUUACGAAGGUACAGAGAAACUGUUGAACUAUACGACCUUCGAUCAGCUGAAUGUUCUUCGUCGAAAUAGUUCAGUGGAAAAUGAAAAUUCGGAGAGAGAUGAACUUUCUGGUAAAACAAGUUCAUUGGAAUCAUCUGAAAAUGAUCAAGAGGCUGAAGGUAAAAACGAAGAUGAAAGUUUGUUCAAAUCAACGAGUCCUCUUUAUAUCCAUGAGAAAUUAUCGAGAAAAAGUUCAGUCAACUCUCGAUUCAAAGUUGAUUCUGGCGAGGAAAAUAUUCUAUUCUCAAGAGAUUCUCAUGUUCGAUCAUCAUCAAUUUCGAAGGAGGUAAUCGCAGACUCACAAUCGACGAAAGAUGAUAAUCAAGUUACGAACGAAUGUUGUUUCGACAAUUGUGAUUCUCCCCAAGAUGAACCUUUAACUAGUCCAAUGAAAGUAAACAAUUCUGACGAUGAUGAGACAAUUGAACCAAAUCAACAAUCAACAAGGAAAAGUUUGGCCUCCGAAGUAUUUACUCUUGAUGGCCUAGAAUUGACCAAAAAGUUUAAUCAAUCAAGUGGAUCUUCUUAUGCAUCCGAAAUCAAGACUGAUAUGAUUCGCGAAGGUGACAUAAUAUUCAAUAAUAUUGGAUUUUUGGACAAAAACGAUCAUCUUGAAAGUCGACACUUAUUGGACUGUAUCGAUUCUGGUCCGAAAAUGUUGAUCGAUAAUUUUUCACCGGAUGAAACAAAUUCUGUUCAGGAAUCAACUGAGAGAUCAGAUGAAACGGAUUCGCAAUCAAAUAUUAUCGAAGUAAAUUGUCUUCCAAUUCGUGAAGUCCGACCAAUUAAACAUGUCGACUGGCAAAGGGCAAUUGAAAGUACUCAUAAUUCAGACCAAUUUGAGAUCAAUCGUUUCUGUGCCUCCGGUUAUUCCGAUGUGGAAACUUCGGCCUACGUUUGGUUAUCUUGUAUUUCAAAGGGUCGACCUAAGCUCGUUUAUUAUCCCUACUUUGAAUCGCUUCGUCUUCCACCGGGUAACAAUAAAAGCUUCACCGUUGGUGCUAAUAGGAAUAAAAUUUAUCUACUCAACGAAGAUAAUGAACUUUGGUUCCGUGAGGGUGUUGACGAACCAGGAUUAGCAAUAGCUCCAAUUUUAAGCACUUUAGCUACAAGAUGGACGAAAAUUAGUAAACCAAAAUCAACGAUCAACUUUCACAAUUUUUCCCUCUGUUCAUCAGAUCAACUUGGUUGGUUUUGCGACACUAACGGCGAUGUCUGGUUAAACAAACUGCUAACGGGAUCUUGGAGUAAAAUUCACCACGAUUCUGAUAAUCGUUUCCAUGUUGAUAAUGUUCAAAUUUGUCCAACAGAUUCAUCAAUGGUUUGGUGCAUCGAUAAUAGAAAUCAACUGUUCGUGAGAGCGGGUAUAUUUAACACUCGAGGAGAUGCCGAUGAACAUAUCGGUGGAAUGGCCUGGUUACCCGUACACACCCCGGUUGAAGUGACCUCAAUCACUGUCGCUAAUAAUAGUGUUUGGAUUCUUAGUAGUCAAAGUAAUCGUAUCUUCAAACGGAUCGGUAUUCAACCUCCGUCCAGUUACGUUGGUACUGAUUGGCAAGAAAUUAGAUCUCCCACCUUGAUUAAAGAUUCACUAAAGGAUAUCUCAGCUUCGCUAAAUGGUGAUAUUUGGUUACUUACUCAACAAGGUUCAAUUUGGCAACUCUGUGAUUCUUAAUCAACUUGAUUGUCUUUAAUUCAAUUGGAUUAGUUACUUAAUUAAGGUACAAAUUAUUUCGUCCCUUCGACAAUAGGCCACUUAAUAUAUCUGCUUAAAUCGAUGCCAUUAAUUGACAAUUUUUGUUAAGCUCGAUCUCAAUUCAAGAGAAAUUAAUUGUUCAACAAUUUCUUUAUUGUCUUUAUAUAUACAAUAGAUUUUUUUUCCUUCACAAUUUGUUAAUUGCUCUCAAAUUGUGUCCUCUAUUUUUUCAUAGUACAUGACUAACUUUUUGAUAUAUCGAUCUCUCAAUAGUAAAUUGAAAAUUAAAUGAAUCAUUUACGAUCAAUUGA